AUGGUCGCUUGGGAUGGCCUUCCAGCCCUUGGUGCUUAUUGUGCAUCGAAGGCCGCACUCCAUUAUGCUGUCGAAUCUCUAUCUAAGGAGCUUGCCUCGACAGUAAUAAAGACACUACUUAUAGAGCCCGGCUCAUUUCGUACGGAGCUCUUAAAUCCACAGAACCGCAAGAAUGUGCCCACUAAAAUCGAGGACUAUCGAGUUUUGUGUGAGACAGUGAAAAGUCAAUUUGCAAGCCUCCAUCACAAUCAACCUGGUGAUCCUACCAAGGGUUCCCACCGUAUCAUUGAUAUUGUCAAAGGCGAGAAUGACGCAGCUGGAAAGGUAUGGCCGACCUCGCUGGCCCUAGGGUCCGAUGCUAUUGGGACCAUUCACAAAACAUGCGAGGAUAUGCUUUGUGAGCUAGGCGCAUGGGAAACUUUUUCUGCCUCAACAGAUAUCUAA